AUGGCAUCGUCGGACGGGCUGGAUGAGGACUGCGUGUUGCAGCGGGGAAGAUCUCAGAGUGACCCGAGCAGCAUCACCGAGGUCCGCCUGGGUGAAGCGCACAGAGCAGAUGGGAUGGACCAGCAGAGGGUGCUGCACUCAGGCUGUCUGGUAUCAGGGGUUCGUACGCCUCCCGUCCGCCGCAACAGCAAGCUGGCCAGCCUGGGACGCAUCUUCAAGCCCUGGAAAUGGAGGAAAAAGAAAAACGAGAAGCUGAAGCCCUCAGCAACGGUGGAGAAGAAGGCAGCUGUACGACAGAAGAGAGACGACCUCGUCAGGAGGAACCCCGGGGAGACGGAGACAGAGUCAGAUCUCGCUUGUGGGGGGAACGGCGACGAUCCAGACACCCCGACUCACUCCGAUGCUGAGGACAGAGACGAGGAGCCUGUGGCACCUCUGGCCAGCACCAGUGAAGACCUGGGCAGUGACUUAGAAGCAUCAACAGUGCAUGAUUUGACUGAGGAUUCAAAGACAGUGGGAGACCCCAGUCAGAGUGACGAUGGAGAAGACGAGAGCACCUCACUGAGCAACCCCAGUGAAGAGCAGUCGAUGGGGAAGGCGGAGGCUGUCGAGGGGAAACAGGAGGUGACGGUGGCCCCGCCUCAGAGACGAGCCAGCACCCCCCCUCCACCCAACCUGCCAGUCAAACUGCUCACCAGGCUGGGCAGCCUCGAUGGUGCUCCUCCAGUACCCGUGAAGAAGUCCCCGGCCACCUUACCCAGAAAUUUCACACUUCCCAAAGACCCUCACGGCUCCCUGUUGAGAGGCAGGAUCUCCACACCGACUGGGUCCCCCCACCUUGGGGCGCUACACCCACAGCUGCCCCCUAGCUGUAUCAUUGAGGAACUGCACCGUGCCCUAGCAACCAAACACAGACAGGACAGUUUCCAGACGAAGGAGACGCGCUCAUCUCCCAAACGGCGUCUGGACGGCCGUCUGUCCCGCACGUCCAGCACAGAGAGGGAGCCCGCCGGGGAGUCUGAGAGCAAGAAGGAGUCUGAUGAGAACAAGGAGAACUGGCGUCUGGACGAGUACUUGAGUGACCAGGACAGCUGGAACGAGUCUGUGAUCUCUGGCACCCUCCCACGCAGGAUGAGGAAGGAGCUGCUGGCCGUUAAGCUUCGGAACCGGCCCAGCAAGCAGGAGCUGGAGGACCGCAACAUCUUCCCCGUCCGCAGCGACCAGGAGCGGCAGGAAAUCCGGCAGCAGAUAGAGAUGAAGCUGGCCAAGAGGCUGAGCCAGAGGCCGGCGGUGGAGGAGCUGGAGAGUCGGAACAUCCUGAAGCAGAGAAAUGACCAGACAGAACAGGAGGAGAGGAGGGAAAUCAAACAGCGGCUGAACAGAAAGUUGAACCAGCGGCCGACGGUGGACGAGCUGCGGGACAGAAAGAUCCUGAUCCGUUUCAGCGACUAUGUGGAAGUGGCCAAAGCUCAGGACUAUGACAGGCGAGCUGACAAGCCCUGGACCAGACUGUCAGCUGCUGACAAGGCGGCAAUACGGAAGGAGCUGAAUGAGUUCAAAAGUAAUGAGAUGGAAGUUCAUUCUUCGAGCAAGCAUCUGACAAGGUUCCACCGGCCUUAGCAAGGUUUCUUCUGUGAAGAGUUGCUGAUACCUGGUUCUGUCAGUGAAGACCUUGCACGGAGUCUUCCAGCGUCCUGGCCCACAGUCAGUGGGUGUCCUGAUAUUUGGGUCCAGCAAACCUUGGAGGCUAUGUCUCUAGAA